AAUGCCAACAACAACAACAAUCAACACAUUUACAGUCAGCUGAGCAAAUCCAGCAAUGAACUGCGACGCGCUAGUCCGAAUGAAUAUAUCAACAGCAACAACAACAACAACAAUAGCAGCAAUGAGCAUCUAUGCGAUAUUUAUGUCAAUAGCAACAUUAGCAGCAACAACAACAACAACAACAACAAUAAUAACUCACCAGAGCUGUACAAGCAAACGCCCACGAUUUCAUCAAAUGGUGCCCUGGUGCCACCGCCUUAUCGUGAUCCUCCGCCACCUCGCAACAGUCCCAUGUGCCAGAUGCCACGCUUGCCACCCAGCAGCAGCGCUGCUGAGACCAUAUCCAAUGCAUCCUCUACAACAAAUCCAUUUCUCAGCGACUACGAGGCGCACAGCAACAACAACAACAAUAAUAACAAUGCGAGUAAUCAGUGCAUGGAUGAGGGCGAGAGCAUGUUUCAGGCCACGCAAUAUAAUGAUCUGUUGCAGUUAAUCAAGUUUCAGCGCGAGAAAAUUACCGCACAGCAAUUGGAGCUGCAAAAGUUUGAUUCGGAAAUCGUUUUUCUGGAGAGCAGAGAGCGUGAUCAUGCGAUUGAAUUGGAAGUCAUAUCAAGAGAAAUAUCUAAAGCGGAUCAAAUAUUUCGUCAAGGCAGCGAACAGUUGCAAACACUGCAAUAUGUUGAGGAAGAGAACGAACUGGUCAAGCAGCAGGAGAAGACACUUAAGUCAGAAAUCGCAUUGCUACGCUCCAAGCUGGCCAAUUGUGAGACGGAACUGCUGCAGUGCAAGAACAAAAUGCGUUUGCUGAUGGACGACAUUGAGCUGGAGCAGCAGCAGCAGAACAACAGACAAACUGUGGAACGUGACUUCCUUAUGGAAAUGGAGCGCAUACAAAGUGAUAUUGAUCAGGCACUGCACAACACAGACACAUCGAACAAAACGGCUGAUAAUCUCAAAAAGGAAUUGCUAAUGAUAGAGCAUGCCAUUGCCGACAAGAAGCGACAGGUGGAGCAGCUUGUCAACGAAAUGAAGGAGGUAAAUCUACAAAGCCUGACCGUAACCACCACCGAGGAGAUCAAGCAUCUGCUUGAAGGACCCAACAAACAGGGCAGUAGUCGUCGCAUUAUCGGCUCACCGCGACAGUUGGAGACGGCAGUGCCCACCAGCAAGAACCCUCACGGCGUUUGGGUUUAAGCGACAGCAUAAACAUUGAAAUGCAACGAAAUAUUUUUAACACUCAAACAAUUUGGGG